UGGGGAGUGGAUUCUGAAGACGGAGGAGUACAGCACGUGGAUAUCUUCGACAGUUUCGAGGUUAUUGCUGUUGCGGGGAAUCCGUAAGUCUUGGGCUUUAUCCUUUACCGAAACGAUGUCAUGUCUAUUAGCUGUUCGUUUAGCCGGUGCCGGGAAAACGUACAUUGCAUCAAGAGUUAUCGAUUCUUUUCUUUCGGACAGCUCCUCCAAGCGAGUGGCGUACUUCUACUGCAACCGAGCUGAGGAAAAUCGCCGAGAUCCCGAGAGCAUACUCAAUACGCUUGUUCAACAGCUUGCCCAGACGGCGGAGGACGACAAACUUCUCACACCAAUUAUCGACAUCUACAAAGAGCGGGAAAAAAAAGGGCAGCGAUCGUCGUGGCUGAGUCUGACAGAAAGUCAGGACGUCCUCGUUCAGCUCACGGAUGAAUUUCCCCAGACAACCAUCGUGUGUAUAGACGCGUUGGACGAAAUUGACGAUACUGUCCGGAUACAAAUCCUACUUUCGUUGAAGUAUAUCAUGGAAAAAUCGAAGACGGCCGUGAAGAUCUUCGCGACCGCUCGAAUGGAUACUGACAUCCUCUGGCAAUUCAAGAUGUUUCCCAGGAUAGAGUUGCAGCCAGAGGACAAUGUCAGCGACACCAACCGGUUCAUAGAGACGACUAUCGAUACUGCCAUCGACGAGGGGCGACUGCUUCAUGGGGUUGUCCCGAGAGAACUGAAAGUUGAAAUAUGCGAAACACUCUGCGAGCGAUCUAGGGGAAUGUUCCAACUCGCCGCUCUGCAUGCCGCCUUUCUCUGCGAGAUGGCCACGCAAUCGGACGUUAGACACAGCCUGAAGGCGUUUCCGAAAACCCUGACAAACGCCUACCAAAAGAUCUAUGAACGUAUCAUCAACCAGCCCGGGAGUGCUCCUCGACUAGCUCUCAACGCAUUCCGGUGGAUCCGAUCUUCAUACGAGCCACUGUGCCGCGAAACACUGCUCGAUGCGAUCACAGUUGAGCUCGGGUCCGGUGGUACUGGGGACACGUUCAGCCACUACAUGGUUCAGGCAAACGAUAUCCUCAAAGCGUGCCAGAACCUGGUCAUCUUGGACGAACGUCUGAACGUUUUCCGGUUUGCACACGUUUCCGUAUACGAAUACCUGGAGAGCCAACUGCCCAAGGCCGAUUCUCACGCGGAGCUGGCGAAAGUGUCCCUUUCAUUGCUGUGUGCAGCGCCAUCGAUGUGGAACGAUUAUGAUCUUGACCUGAAAACGCAAGAAGAGGGGUAUGGCAAUCGUCACCUGUUGCUGUACUCCGCGGUGUUUUGGCCAUACCAUUACUCUCGUUGCGAAGACGACUGCCAAAUGUUGACUGGACUCUGGGAAACGCUCGUAUCAGGGGCAAACUACCAGCGGUGGAUCCACUAUCAUCGCGGGUGUGUGGAAUUUCCCGUUUCCGUACAAGACACAUUUUGGCAUAGAACCCAGGCUCAAUCGUAUGCCGACAACGACCUCCUGUCGUUGGUCUGCAUCUUUGGAUUCAGACGGAAGUUUACGACCGCAUUCGAAUCCAUGACUGUACACCAGCCCUGGCUAGGACCCUUCAGUGCUUGGUUUCGGGUACAAAGAGUGAUUCCAAACUUCUUUAAAUCCGGCUACCGAAAGAGAAACGCCAAGGGCCUGUUGCUUCUCUACCCGAGCACAUUUAGCGAUCUCGACAUUGCCCGGCUGCUGCUCGAUGUUGGUGCAGAUGUCUUAGCCGUCAAUGGUGCUCUGCAGACGUCGCUACACUUGGCUCUCGAGGGAAGGCACGAGGCAGUCGCCCAACUGCUCAUCGACCGCGGAGCAGAUGUCUCAGCCAAAGAUGUGUUCAACAAGACGCCACUACACAUAGCCUUAGAGAGAGGGUUAGAAGCAGUAGCGCGGCUAAUCAUCGACCGGGAAUCUGAUUUCUCGGCCGUCACCGAUACGACUGGGAGGACACCACUGCAAUUGGCCAUAGCAGGAGGGUAUGAGGCAGUAGCCCAGCUUCUGAUUGAUCGCGGGGCAGAUGUCACAAUCCCAGAUAUCGUAGGGACGACACCGCUGCACAUGGCCUUACAAAAAGGAUACGUAACGGUGGCUGGUUUGAUCAUUGAGCAGGGAGCCGACCUUUCGACUGCUACCCCACUGACCCUUGGGAUGAUGCCGCUGCACUUGGCAAUGGAAGGAGGCCACGACGAGUUGGUCCGGCUGAUGAUUGACCGGGGAUCCAAUGUCUCCGCCGCCACCCUGUAUGGGUUGACGCCGCUGCAGUGGGCCCUGGAGGGAGGGCGUGCGGCGUUGGCACAGCUGAUGAUCGACCGGGGAGCCGAUAUCUGCAUCACAUACCAUCUCAAGCAGACGCCGCUGCACCUAGCCUUGAUAGGAGAUCACGGAGCAGUUGCGGGGAUGCUCAUUGACCGAGGAGCGAACAUCUCAGCCGCGGAUCUCUUGCGGGUGACCCCGCUGCACCUCGCAUCGGAGAGAGGGCACGAGGCGAUAGCCCGGUUAAUCGUGGACCGGGGAGCAAAUGUCUCGGUUGCAACCAUUUUUGGGAAGACGCCACUCCACUUAGCCUCCGUGGGAGGUCACGCGGCGAUUGUACGGCUGCUUAUUGACUGCGGAGCAGAUGUCUCCACCUCGGAUAAUUCAGGAGCGACAGCGCUGCAGUUGGCGUUGGAGGGAGGGCAUGAGGCGAUUGCCAGACUACUCGGCGACCGAGGAGCCGUCCGGGGAGCAAAUGUCGGAGCUGAUGCCAACGGGUAGAUGCCACAGUGCCACCGGUUUUAGCUGUGAGGUGAGGGAAGAUGGUGGUGACCUGGUUGCUUUGCAAUCGUUGACAGGAGCGCGGCUGAAAGUAUUGGAAGGCAGACAGACUGGACGACAGCCUCUCUUCGAACACCCCAGGACGGUGAAAGCAGG